AUGUCCAGCAACUCAUUCCACUACUUCAUGCAGCUGCCUCUCGAACUGCGCCGUCUUAUUUGGGAGCACUGCCUACCGUAUCGUAUAGCAGAACAAGACAUCCCCGCCUUCCUUCUCGAUGGCGACGAAUCCCGUCAAGCCUGUUUCCCCAUGCGAACAACACACCUAAACACUCGGCUGCCGGUCAUCGCAUUUGUCAACAGUGAGUCUCGGUUAGUCGCGUUUGAACAUGGCCGCUGGGAUCAAGGACAGGGAACAACUAGCCUCGAGUCGAUAUGGGUGCAGCCGCGUCGGGAUGGUUGGCAUAUCAACUGGACGCGAAUGAGCUACGAUGUCUUGGGACCGCUUAUUGAACUGAGCAGCCCGAUGGCCUACUUCCUGUACUACGCAGCAGAGCUCAGGAUGCAACCUUCUAUCGUGGCAGAAGUCAUUCACUAUUUUGAUUUGAAAGGGCUGUUGGAUGGCACUGCUGACGAUGAUGACCAUCAUGAGUGUGUCAACCACUCCUUCCAGGGUUGUCGUCGUACGGGCAUGUGUCACCCUCUAGGCAAUGAAGAAGCGGACGAGAUUGCAGGUUUCGCCGAAUUUGCACCAAGGCUCGACGUGGCCAUGGUGGCAAUUUCUCUGCAUAUCACCAGGGAAGUGGCUUUGAGAUCUGGCCUGUUUGGACUGUUGGGCGAUGCGCCCGUUCAAAUGGUUGAUGUUGACGACGGAGCUCGGUUGGGGGAAUUUCAAGCAUUAUUCCGAGAGCACGCAUUGGACAAGGAACCGGUGGUGCAAACACUCUUUGAAUUACUUAAAACCACUCGAUUCCGAGCGGCUGUGGAAAAAUGGAAAAGACGCGCUGAAUGGGUCCUUCUCGCGUCCAGGUGGUACUACGCACAAAGGGAAAACCUCGACAUUCUUGGGACGAACCCGGCCUCCGCUUGGGUGCCUUGCCUGGCGCGGCCAGAUCGUAUCGACUUAUAUCGGUAUUCGCCUAAUGAGGACCAUCCGUGGGUCAAAGAAGCUCGACAGAGUCUGCCCAAGCUGCGACCGCGGAUUAUGGUGCGAUAUUGUACCGGUGAGUGUUAUAGAUACCCGCCACCUCCGACCUACUGGUAA